UUUUCAGAGGACUUGCAUCGUUGGUUUAACAGAAAGAAACCCUCUUUCAAAGAAGCUUGUGGGGUGCCUGAGCUUCCAGAAGGUGGCUCUGAAGAACACCUGCCUCUGAGCCAGUUUACUACAGUGGAUCGUGAAGCCAUCUGGGCUGAAGUGGAGAAGGAGCCAGAGAAGUACCUACCAAGAAAUGAGCUGAGUGAAGAAGACCUGCCCUACUACGUGGACCUUCCAGACAGAAUGGCCCCAGGUGCUCCUGACAGCAGUGAGCACACUGAGUCUGCAGACACGAGCUCAGGCCACACGGACAGUGAGAACACAUCCACUUUCUCCUCCCCCUCUCAUGACCCACAGGAGCUGAGCCAUGAGGAGAACUGCUGUGCUCCCAUCCCCAUGGGAGGCAGAGUGUACUCUAAGCGCUCAUCCUUGCUGGCAGCCUUCCAGCCAGAAAGCUUCAAGUCCAAUACCAAGUUGAGCCUAGUGCGGGCAGACUCAGACAAGACACAGGCUUCUGAGUCUUUGUCCAGUGAUGAGGAAGCUGACUUGGAACUCCAGGCUCUCACCACAUCACGUUUGCUGAAGCAGCAGAGGGAGAGGCAGGAGACACUCGAGGCCUUAUUUAAGCACAUCCUGCUCUACCUUCAGCCUUACGACUCCCGGCGGGUUCUGUAUGCCUUCUCUGUGCUGGAGGCUGUGCUCAAGACCAACCCAAAGGAGUUCAUUGAGGCUGUGUCUAGGACCAGCAUGGACACCAGCUCCACCGCACACCUCAAUCUCAUCUCCAACCUCCUUGCACGCCAUCAAGAGGCCCUCAUUGGCCAGAGUUUCUAUGGAAAGCUCCAGACUCAGGCACCCAACGUGUGCCCCCAUUCUCUGCUUAUCGAGCUCCUCACCUACCUCUGCCUGAGCUUCCUACGCUCCUACUACCCUUGCUACCUAAAGGUCUGCCACCGAGACAUCCUUGGCAACCGGGAUGUGCAGGUCAAAAGCGUCGAGGUUCUGAUUAGAAUAAUGACGCAGCUGGUCUCGGUGGCCAAGUCCUCAGAAGGGAAGAACGUGGAGUUCAUCCACAGCCUGCUGCAGAGGUGCAAGGUCCAGGAGUUUGUCCUGCUGUCAUUGUCAGCAUCCAUGUACACGAGCCAGAAGCGCUAUGGCCUGGCCACUGCUGAGCGAGGCAGGGCCCUGAUGGAGGACAGCCUAUUUGAGGAGAGCCUCAUCAAUCUGGGGCAGGACCAGAUCUGGAGUGAGCACCCAUUGCAGAUCGAGCUGCUCAAGCUCCUGCAGGCACUCAUUGUCUUGGAGCACCACCUGGGCCAGGUCCAGGAGGAGGCCGAAAACCAGCCAGCCCUGUCCCGGGAAUGGCAGAAGGCCCUUAACUUCCAGCAGGCCAUAGGCGCCAUGCAGUACGUGCAGCCCCACCCCCUCACCUCCCAGGGCCUGCUGGUUUCUGCUGUGGUGAGAGGCCUGCAGCCUGCCUAUGGCUAUGGCAUGCACCCCGCCUGGGUGAGCCUGGUCACCCAUUCUUUGCCAUACUUUGGAAAGUCCCUCGGCUGGACGGUGACCCCCUUUGUUGUCCAGAUUUGCAAAAACUUGGACGAGCUGGUCAAACAGUAUGAAAGUGAAUCUGUGAAGCUGUCCAUCAGCACAACCUCCAAGAAAGAAAACAUUUCUCCAGAUUACCCACUCACUCUUCUAGAAGGUCUGACAACUAUCAGCCAUUUUUGUCUUUUGGAACAACCCAACCAAAAUAAAAAGUCUGCUGCCAUAAGCGAUCCCAUCAACUUGAGAAAUGCCAAGAAUGCCAUUUUGGAAGAGCUGCCUCGCAUCGUAAACACCAUGGCUCUUCUCUGGAAUGUUCUCAGAAAGGAGGAGACUCAAAAGAGACCUGUGGAUCUCCUAGGGGCCACAAAAGGAUCCUCUUCUGUUUACUUUAAAACCACCAAGACCAUAAGACAAAAAAUUUUGGACUUCUUAAACCCCUUGACAGCUCAUCUCGGGGUCUACCUGACCGCCGCAGUUGCAGCAGUGUGGAGCAGGAAGAAGGCUCAGCGCCACAGUAAGACAAAGAUCAUCCCAGUGGCAAGCGCAUCCCAGCUCACCCUUGUUGACUUGAUUUGUGCACUCAACACCCUGCAGACAGACACAGUGCUACACCUGGUAAAGGAGGUGGUGAAGAGGCCACUGCAUAUCAAAGGGGAUGAGAAAUCGCCUCUCAUGGAUAUUCCUGUAUUGCAGUUUUGCUUUGCUUUUGUCCAAAGGCUCCCAAUCCCAGACCUACAAGAGCAUUUUCCUUCGCUGCUGGGAGUGCUGAAGGAGUCUGUGCAGUUGAACCUGGCUCCACCUGGAUAUUUUCUGCUUCUCAGCAUGCUGAAUGACUUUAUAACAAGAACUCCCAACCUGGAAAGCAAGAAGGAUCAAAAAGACUUGCAGGAAAUCACUCAAAAAAUCCUGGAAGCUGUAGGGAACAUUGCUGGCUCUUCCUUAGAACAAACCAGCUGGCUCAGCAGAAACCUGGAAGUGAAGGCCCAGCCUCAGGUAGCGCUAGAAGAAUCUGAUACUGAGGACAAUUUGCCUGAUGCUGCUGGGGCUUCAGCAAUGGUGUCUGCAUCUGCCCCCUCGGUUUACAGUGUGCAAGCCCUCUCUCUCCUGGCAGAGGUUCUAGCUUCUCUCCUGGACAUGGUCUAUCGAAGUGAUGAGAAAGAGAAAGCAGUACCACUAAUCUCCCGCUUGCUUUAUUAUGUUUUUCCUUACUUACGCAAUCACAGUGCCUAUAAUGCUCCCAGUUUCCGGGCCGGUGCCCAGCUGCUGAGCUCCCUGAGCGGCUAUGCCUACACAAAACGAGCCUGGAAGAAAGACGUGCUGGAAUUGUUUUUGGACCCCACUUUCUUUCAGAUGGAUACUUCUUGUGUUCAUUGGAAGUCCAUUAUUGACCAUCUUCUGACUCAUGAGAAAACAAUGUUUAAGGACUUAAUGAAUAUGCAGAGCAGUUCUUUAAAACUGUUCUCAAGUUUUGAGCAAAAAGCCAUGCUGCUAAAGCGCCAGGCUUUUGCUGUCUUCAGUGGCGAACUUGAUCAGUACCACCUUUACCUUCCCCUGAUACAAGGUAAGCUGGCUGUCGAUCUGUUCUGUGCUGCUAGAACAGGAUACCUGAAAUUGGGUAGCUCAUGA